AAUUAUUAUAAUAUUCUACAACAAUGAAUGUAAAAUAUUGAUUCACUGAAGACCGAAAAUAGAGGAGAGUGUACUCGUGAAUGUGGAAAAUAUUCCCACAUUAAAAUCUUCAAGAUUAAACAACGCAAGGAAUGAGGCUAGUAAUAUUAGACAAUUAUAACUUUGUCAGUGAAUGGGCUGCCAAGUAUGUUCGUAACAAAAUACUUGCUGCCAAUCCUGGACCGGAUAAAUAUUUCGUUCUUGGCUUACCAACAGGUUCAACACCUGUUGGAAUGUAUAAAAAGUUGAUUGAGUUCCACAAGACUGGUGAACUGUCCUUCAAGUAUGUGAAAACAUUUAAUAUGGAUGAGUACGUAGAUCUUGCACGAGAUCACCCUGAAAGCUAUCAUAGCUUUAUGUGGGACAAUUUUUUCAAGCAUAUUGACAUAGAUCCAAAAAAUGCUCACUUGCUUGAUGGUAAUGCUGAAGACUUGGAGGGGGAAUGUAAAAGCUAUGAGGAAAAAUAGCUGCUGUGGUGUGGAUCUUUUAUUGGAGGCAUUGGUCCUGAUGGACAUAUUGCUUUCAAUGAGCCUGGCUCAUCACUUGCUUCUAUUACAAGAAUUAAAACAUUGGCUAAAGAGACCAUUGUUGCCAAUGCAAGAUUUUUUGGAGGUAAAAUUUCUGAUGUACCGACCCAGGCUCUCACUGUUGGUGUUGCUACAGUCAUGGAAGCUCGUGAGGUUAUGAUUUUGAUUACUGGAGUACAUAAAGCCUUUGCUUUGCAUAAAGCCAUUGAAGAUGGUGUGAAUCAUAUGUGGACUGUGUCUGCCUUUCAACAACAUCCUCAAACAAUAUUUGUUUGCGAUGAAGAUGCCACAAUGGAACUUAAAGUGAAAACUGUGAAAUAUUUCAAAGGUUUGAUGGAUUUACAUAACAAACUUGUUGAAGAACCAGGAAAUCCAGCAUCUCCUGUCAAACGCACCAGAAACAUUCAAUGUCUAAAAUAAAUAAAAGAUAAAACGAGAUUUUACAAUGUAAUGCCAUUUACUAAAUUCAAGAUUCGCAAACAUUGUACCAUGAUUAAAAAUGUUGUAAGUAUGCCAAAUUUUUGUGUACUAAUUUAGAUAAAUGGUUUGCAGGGAAUAUUAGAUUUUAUGAAAUAACGUAAUGGUACAACUUUGCUCUAUCUCUUAUUCAUAUUAUUUUAUUAUAUUAUUGAUGUUAUUUUCUGUAUUUUCCUAUCAACGUGUAAGUUAGGAUAUGAUCAGUCAAUAAAUAGACUUACACAGCUUG